AUGGUCCAUGCUGGUGGCCGCCCAGUGCCAUCCCUAAUCAACGACAACUUUGAGCGUCUCGACAAAGUUGCAAACAGUUCUGGCCGUUACUUCUGGAAAUGCAAGCACUGUGGUAAUCUCGACAAUUCCCUGGCGCCAAAAUCCAAGGUCGCGACAAUAGUCUGCCUAACCAUAUCAUCCGCCACUGCAAGGAUGCUGCUCCUGAGCUUCGCCAAAAAGCCCGGACAUUAUUAUGAACAAGACAGUUCUGGUGGUGUGAUCAAGAAGCGGAAGAAGAUUUCGACAUUGGAUGGAUAUGUAGACUACCCACUUAGUGACGAGCAAGCCAAACUUGCAAAUAUAAAACUGCUUCGAGUUAUGCCAACCGGCAGAACUGGUUGUUCUGCCGGUUCUGCCGGUUCUGCCGGCACUACUAUUCUCAAGUAG